UGGCAGAUUGUCACUUCUGUAGUGGAGCAUUCUAUGCACCUUUCUCUUAGUUAUGUCUGAUUUAUCUUGGUGGUGAUCAGUUUGAGGUGGGCAGGUCUUGCUCUGUUGUAUGGGAAUCUGUUCCCAGGUCCCUGUACAAUAGCGGUGCUGACCUUUGAACAGAUAGCUGCUUGCAGUUUUUCCUGUGUCCCAGAUCACCUUAGAACCCUGUCUAAAUAAGGCUCUAGGCUACAUGGCAGAGAGCUGGUACAUGAUACUUGCUGCCUUUUAGCACAGAUCACUAAGAAUAAAAACUCCAAACCUAAAUUCAGUGACUUUUGCGCUCGGGGGAUAUUGGUGCAGGGGUGUUUGGGGCAUGACUUUCUGAGAAGCAAAAGGUGAGAAACAUGAGCAACCUGCAGUAGGAAAACAGACUAGUUCCCUUCCCAGGGCAAAGCAGGAAGGCUUGUUUGGCUUGUCCAUAUGGUGUGUAUCAAUCAUGUGCUGAGAGGUGUAAUUAUCAGAUCAGGUAGUCCCCUUGUCUACCAGUUGGAGCAGGACCUGCAGAUCACUGAUGCCAUUUGUAUUGGGCCAGAGCGGCUGGCAGGAUGCUCCCUAGUCUCCUCAGGAUGGUUUUGCACUAAGCUGUAGACGGGAGCUUUUGACAGUGUGGGGACUUGCUGUAGCUGCUAGUGGCUUGCUACUUAACAUGAGCUUUAGUCUUACAUCUUCCUGUUGUGACAGAUGUGACCAGUUUGAACACCAUCUGCCCUUGGGUGCUCACCACACCAGUAGGCCGGGGACUUUCACUUAGGUGGCCCAAAGGUCGUGGGUUAACAUUUUCUGAAGUUUAGAGGGGCAUCUGAAAGGAAGGUGUUGGUAAAUCACUAGACGUGAUUACUCCAGUCAUAAGUGCUGCUGGUUUCCAGUUCCUGCAAAGUGGAUCCUGGACCAAGGUAUGGGGGAUGGUUUGCUUCAGAAGCAGUCAAAAAUCUGGGUUCACUUUGAGUGGAUGCUGGGCCCCAUUCACAGAAGUUAGGGGUUCAGUCAAUAGGCUUCUGUAUGCUGACUGGCUCAUUAAGGGAAGAGUUUAUCAUAAAAAGUACUAUCUGGGCCUGGUGGUGCACCCCUGUGUCUCAACACUAGGAGAUCCAAAUUAAACCUAAACUGGGUGACUGACUGGUAGUAGCGAUGAGCAUCUCACUGCAAAGGUUCUGAGUUCAAUCCCCAGUACGGCACAAAGGCUUAGUAUAAACUACUACCCAUUGACUUGGUCCGGAAUACGCGGGCCAUUACCUAGGUUUCAAAUCCUCUUCCCUUUCCGCGUGGUUCCUCAAUUACCACCAUCCACGGAGGCAGAUAACCACACGCCACAUAAAGACCACACUUGCAGAGAGGCCAGUAAGGCCGGCGGCGGGGCGGGUUCGAUGACAUCACUUCCAUUUUAGUCUUGAUUGGCAGCCAGUGAGAUGGUCGCGGGCGUCCGCUGCGCGGCGGUGCUGAGAUGAGUGUGGCGCGCGUCUUGCGUAUCCUGCGGACGACCGUCCAGGUUACCUGGUUCUCCCGUGGCAGCAGCCCCUGAAUGACAGGCUCCUGUGCACUGCCCUGAAAGCCCAGGGCACACGUGAUGGCAGCUUUGUUCCCAUCUGCCUUGCUCCAGGCCCAGGUGACCUUCGAGGAUGUGGCUGUGCUGCUUUCCCAGGACGAGUGGGGAUGUCUAGGUCCUGCUCAGAGGGGCCUCUACAGGGGUGUGAUUCUAGAGACCUACAGGAACCUGGUCUUUCUUGGAGCAGGAUCUGCAGGUCCCAAGCCUGGGGUGAUCUUGCAGCUGGAGCGAGGGGAUGAGCCGUGGGUCCUGAACACGAAGGAAACUGAGGGAAGGAGGCCUCUGAGAGUCAGCAGCUCAGCUCGUGGGCCCAGGAUUGAGCACACAGAGAUGGCUUCGAAGAAGACAGUUAAUGGACAAGAACUGCACCAGCCUUUGGGUACUGUUCACCAGAAAGUGGAACCAGAAGAAAACCAUGGCUGUUUCAAUGCACCAAAGAGGGGUUUGGAUAAUCCUGUGUGGCAGACAGGCCCUAGGCCAAGCACACUGACCAACGAGGCAAGCAGCCAACACACUGGGGGAAGCCUCAGGUUGGGGUUAGACUCUUUCUCUGAUCAGAGGCCUCACAAAUGUGAUAUAUGUGAGCAAAGUUUUGAGCAGAGAUCGUAUCUUAACAACCAUAAGCGUGUGCAUAGGUCAAAAAAACUAAAUACCAUUCAUAAUUCUGGAGAGUUCUUCAAGGCAAACUUAGUUGUUAAGGGAGAUCAGAAAAUUCCUGCUGGGAAAAGGUUGCACUAUUGUGGCCACUGUGGGAAGUCAUUCAGGUAUAGUGCUAACCUUAUCAAGCACCAGUGGCUUCACAGUGAGGAGAAGCUCUACAAGUGUGGUGAAUGUGGCAAAGCCUUCAGCCAGAGCUGUGAGUUCAUCACCCCCCCCCCAAGGAUGCACGCUGGUGAGAUUCCCUGCCGGUGUGGGGAAUGUGGGAAGAUGUUCAGUCAGAGGCCCAACCUCAUGAAGCAUCAAAGGAUUCACACUGGAGAGAAGCCCUAUAAGUGCUCUGAGUGUGGUAAACACUUUAGUGCCUACUCUUCUCUCAUUUAUCACCAGAGAAUACACACUGGAGAGAAACCCUACAAAUGUAAUGACUGUGGAAAAGCCUUCAGUGAUGGCUCUAUCCUUAUUCGGCAUCGACAGACUCACACUGGAGAGAAGCCAUUUGAGUGUAAAGAAUGUGGCAAAGGCUUUACUCAGAGUUCCAACGUCAUCCAAUAUCAGAGAAUUCACACUGGAGAAAAACCGUAUAAAUAUAAUGAAUGUGAGAAAGCCUUCAUCCAGAAAACCAAGCUUGUUGAACAUCAGAGAAGCCACACUGGAGAGAAGCCCUAUGAGUGUCGCAACUGUGGCAAAGUCUUCAGCCAGAGUACACACCUCAUCCAGCUCCAGCGGAGCCACACAGGGGAGAAGCGCAAGUGCAGUGACUGUGGGAAGGGCUUCCACAACAGCUCUAGGCUCAUUCACCACCAGCGCUCACACCAUGGAGAGAAGCCCUACAAAUGUAGUGAUUGCAAGAAAGCCUUCAGCCAAAGCACUUACCUGGUUCAACACCAGAGAAUCCAUACCCGAGAAAAGGCCUACAAGUGCAGCAAAUGUGGGAAGAGCUUCCGGCACACUUCCAACAUGUAGCACCAGAGGAUCCACCUCCGGAAAGACUUCUCUCCACGACCAUGCAGGCGCACCUGUGAGGGCAGAGUCCUGGUGUGCUAACUGUUCGCCCCAUUUCCACAGGGUGAAAUGGGGUUUCUGUCUAAUUAAAGAAAGCUCUUUUCAGGGCCUGGGGAUUUAGCUCAGCAGCAUAAGCGGCUGGCUUGUAAGCAGGCAGUCGUGAGUUCCAUCCCCGGUACUGAUAAAAAGGAAAAAGACAAAAAAAAAAAAAAAAAAGAAAGCUCUUUUCUUAAACCAAAGGGAGUGCAUAUUCUUUUUAAAGAAACAUAAAACUGCACAAAAUAGAGGCUUCUGUAGUUUUCCCACUUAGGAAAAGAGGAUUCAUGCUUCUAAUGUAGAGUAUGUUUCCUUUCAGAGACACUGAAGAGCAUUUUAGGAAGAAAACCCUGCCCGGUGUGUUAGCUGUAGAGCCCGCACUUGGGAGGCUCAGGCAGGACGACUGCUUGAGCUUAGGAGGUCAAGACCAGCAUGAGUGACAUGAUCGAACUCAUGACCUCAUGCUUGCCAGUGCUGGGAUUGUGAUGCUGUCCACCAGGAGGCCCUCACCAGGGUCGAACAGAUGGCGGUCCUAUGUUCUUGAAUCUCCAGAACUGUGAGCUUGAAACCAUUAUUUCUUCAUAAAUUACCAAGCCUGAGACAUUACGUUAUAGCAACACAAAAUGGAUCAAAAGAGGGGCUGGGGAUUUAGCUCGGCAGCAUAAGCGCCUGCCUUGCAAGCAGGCAGUCGUGAGUUCGAUCCCGGUACUGAUAAAAAGGAAAAAGACAAAAAAAAAAAAAAAAAAAAAAAAAAAAAAAAAAAAAGGAUCAAAAGAGAGGAUUGGUACUGAGAAUAGUGUAGUUGUUACAAAGGUAUGUUGCAGGUUGGCAUAACUAAUGCCAUCUUGUGCCCUGUAUUUGACCCAGAAGAGUGAAAAAUUACUUAAGAGUGCUGUCCCAUGAGAAAAGCACAACGAGCUGCACCUACAAGAGAAAAAUUAACCUGCUCAACAAAGAAGCAGGAUACAGGCGUCAACCAAAAAUUAAUGUAAGAUUCUAAGCUAAACUGUUUCCAACAGAAUGUCUUUUUUUGUGGUUUUCUGUUUUAAAAGCUCUGUAACUUUCCAGUUCGGCACCACUUGGGGGAACUCUGAAACAGGGGUCUAUAUGCGAGUGGUUGCUGAACUUAGCUAAUAAAAUUCCAAAUUUAUCAAUUAGGCUGCUUAGAUUCCUAUAUUGUUCAUUAACUUACAUCAAUGGUACCCUCAAAAUGUGGAAGUAGCUUUGGAACUGGAUAAUGGCAGAGGUUGGAAGAAUUUGGAGAAGCAGGCUAGAAAAAGCUGGAAUGUUGCAAAUAGACUUAUAGGAAAUUUUGGUGAGAUGACCUGUAGACGCAAUAAGAGUAGCCCUAACAGGGAAGUUUAUCAAAAUAUCAACCGUAUGGGGCUGGGGAUUUAGCUCAGCUGCACAAGCGCCUGCCUUGCAAGCGUGCGGUCGUGAGUUUGAUCCCUGGUACCGAUAAAAACGAAAAAGACCAAAAAAAAAAAAAAUCAACAGUAUUUCUUGAACUGUUUGAUUGACCAAAGUAAACAAGGGUACUUUGUCACCCCAUUGUAAAGAACUUUGCUACUGUGUUGUAUUUGUGCCCAUAGCUUAUUGAGGGUCAAAUUUCAGAGUGAUAAAAAACUAAAGGAAUUUUUGAAAAUACUCAUGAUGCCGUUUGGAAUUGGUUUUUUUCCUUUUUAUUGGUACCGGGGAUCAAAUUCAUGACUGCCUGCUUACAAGGCAGGCGCUUAUGCCUCUGAGCUAAACCUCCAGCCCCUGUUUUUUGUCUUUUUGAGACGGGCUUUCACUGUGCAGUUCAAACAGGCCUUGAACUCACUUUGUAGUCCAGGCUGGCCUUGAACUUGCUAUGCCCCAGGCUCUUGAAUGUUUGGAUUAUAGGUGUGCACCGCCUAUAAUCCUGGCCUUCAUGUUGCUAUUUGGUUACUUUGGUUUAUACUCAGAUUCAGGGGUAAAGGGAAGCAGAAUGGAAAGAUUUGGUGAAUUCAAAGCCUAGCCUGGAGAAAAUUAAAAAAAAACACACAUAGGGGCAAGGCUCAGCUAUCUCUGUAUCAAGAUAAAGAUAGGUUCUGGGCAUUUCAGAAUCUGCAAGUCCAACUCUCAUUUUAAGGCCAAAGACCUGGAGGACUGAAUGUUUUUGGGGGACAAAUCUGGGGCAGUCUUCACAGAUUUGCUGCCCAGGGAUGCCUUGGGAUUGAGCUUCCUGUGUUCUGGUGAAGCAUGCUGUAUCUGUGGUUCAGUUGGGUCUAGUGUGUCUUUUUUUUUUUUUAUCAGAUUGUAUUAGUACAUUUUAGUUAUACAUAAUGAUCACAUUCAUCAUAGGGGAUUUGUACCUGUACAUGAUAUAACUUGUUCCUUUAUUUUUUUUUCUUGUUCCUCUACUAUCUUUAAAUCCCUUCUCCUUUUCCCAUUUACAAAAAACUUUGUUUCCAUUUUUCUCAAAUCCUUUUCUCAUUAUUUUUUGGGAGGUGGGUCUAGUAUGUCUUAUGUCACCACUCUGCAGGGAGCAAUCAGCAGACCCUGGUGCAUCUAGAUGGUGGUGAUUGGGCUUGCAUACAGAUGCAAGAGGUAUAUGGGCAUAAUGCUCCCACUGAGAUGUUAUAGGAAAGCCUGGGUGGGCAGGCAGAGGCUUGUACUUUAAACUGAAUGUGCUGCCAGGGAUUUAGCUCAGUGGCAUAAACGCCUGCCUGGCAAGCACAAGGUUAUGAGUUCAAUCCCUGGUACCUGAAAGGUUUGGCCCAGACAGGACACUGUAGCCAGGAAAGCCACAACCGGAAGCAGGAAGCCCCAUCUUGCCCUGCCCCUAGGAAGUUACCUGUGACGCCAUCUUCCCGCCCCUGGGAAUUUACAUAUGGCGCCAAACCUAGGACCAAUGGGCUACCUGUGUAUCCCUAAUGCCCGCCGUAGGUUCCACCCCAAACCGAGGCUAUUUACAGGCCCCCACACCGCGUGUCCGCCGGAGAGAUUGCCGGACGCCAGCGGUGGGGGUGCCGGUCAUCUCUCUCCGUGUUCUCAGAAUAAAGGCCGCUUUUUAUUUUAUAUUUCUCAUCUUUUGUUAAUAUUUUUCAUCUUUUGGAAAUAACUCUAUCAUUUGGUGCCGUGACUCGGAUCGGCAGGCAACUGACUCUUGGGCCACAUACCCAGAGUUUCCUCGCCGAUAACCAGAUAACAUCCUGGAUUAAUCCCGAGCUUUUUCUUCUCCCGAGACGUUCCUGUCGCCAGCCGCCUGCACUCCGCAUCGGCCAGACUGAUUUCAGUCUGACAUACGUGCAUUCACCAGUGAAGCUGUCCUGGCCAAAACACCUGGUACCAGCGUCUACCUGGGCAUCAACCUUCAUCCCGUCGACUCCCCUAGGCUCCAGUACAGCGCCCUUUGCCAGCAGGAAGUAGUUAAAGAGAGAAAUCUUCGCCCCUUUUCAUAAUAAUAACCAUAAGACGGGAUAUGAAAGGUUUGGCCCAGACAGGACACUGUAGCCAGGAAAGCCACAACCGGAAGCAGGAAGCCCCAUCUUGCCCUGCCCCUAGGAAGUUACCUGUGACGCCAUCUUCCCGCCCCUGGGAAUUUACAUAUGGCGCCAAACCUAGGACCAAUGGGCUACCUGUGUAUCCCUAAUGCCCGCCUUAGGUUCCACCCCAAACCGAGGCUAUUUACAGGCCCCCACGCCGCCUGUCCGCCGGAGAGAUUGCCGGACGCCAGCGGUGGGGGUGCCGGUCAUCUCUCUCCGUGUUCUCAGAAUAAAGGCCACUUUUUAUUUUAUAUUUCUCAUCUUUUGUUAAUAUUUUUCAUCUUUUGGAAAUAACUCUAUCAGUACCAAAAACAAAACAAAACAAAACAACAACAACAACAAAAAAACAUAAAUAAAUUGAACCUGCUUCAGAGGAUCUUCACAAAGGUACCUGGUUGGGCCAAGGGAGUAGGACUCCCGCCCUUGAGACCCCAGCGUGUGGAGCCAACCAGUGAAAGCCAAAGGCACUGGACCCCAACCUGUCGCCAACACACUCUGGGGCAUAGGACUGCCUGAGGCCUUGGGAACCCAUCCGAUUUACCCCAGCAUGCACAGGAUGUCUGAUUUGGAACUUUUAAGAGUAAAUGUUUGCCUUUCUCUGCUUUGAUCUUGGAAGCCUGUGGCACUUUCAGUUGCAUACAUCUGGAAAUGUUUACCCUGUUCCUUGUUUCACUAUCAUAUCUUGGAAGUAUGUGACUUGUUUUUAAUUUUACAGGAUCACAGCUGGAAGGAGUCUACCUUGAAUCUCAAGUGAGACUUUAGACUUGAACUUUGAGCAGUGCUGGAAUGAGUUAAAACCUUGGGAUUAACGGGGUUGGGGCUAAGGAGGACAUUUCCUCCUUGGGGGCCAGGAGGAAUGUUAAGCUUUAGUUGUGUUUGUUACUGAGAUGUUCAUGUUGGAGGCCUAGAAUACAAUGUGUCAAUGUUGAGGUGAAUCUAGAGCCUUUAAUAGGGGUUUAGUGGAAGGUGAUUAGGCCAAAGGGGUGCGGCCUUUGAAAGGGAUUAAUGUAGGUCUUGUGGGCCGGAUUAGUUCCCUUGAGAAUGAACUCAUAGAAGGGAGCCUCAUCCAUUCCCUGAAUUCUUCUUCGUGUGCACCUGCCACUGUGAUGCCUUCUGCCAUGAGGGCCUCACUAGAGCUGAGAGGUGGGUUGGUGUCAUGCUUUUAAGUAAAUAAAUCUCUUUUAAAUAAA